AUGGAGCACAUACCUGCUUUACCAGAAGCAAAUGCCUUUGGCUUGCUAAAACUCAAAUCUGGGAAAAAGACUAAACAACAGAAACUAUUGAAACGUUUACAAGUUGAGGCUUCACCUAUCGAAGCACCCAAUGAAUUGCGUGAUGAAAAGGCCAAUCGUCGCCUCAAAUUCAAUCUCGACAGAGAACGUCUCAACCUAUGGAAGGGUCCAGUUCACCAAAACCGUUUGGCUGACCAACUUAUUUUCCCACUUCAGAGUAAAGCUAUCCAGUUCUCCACAGCGGAGGAUGCUAGAGAGGCGAAACAUAUUAAUGCAAUAGAGUCUGCUAAGAAGAAUGAGAAUUCUCUUCAGGCUAAGCUCUUUGGCGCUCUUUAUAAAGAUACGGUUGCGCCAUUGACAGAUGCCGAUAAGGAAAUUCAAUCGCAGCUCGAACUGGCUAAAAAGAUGUCUCUAAAGGCUAAAGAUCAAAUGCGACAGCGUUUACGUGAAGUUGCUUUACUUAGCAAAGCCAAACAGCAAAAGAAGAUUAAAAGCAAAAAUUACCAUCGUCGUGCAAAGCGUCGUAACAUGAAGGAAUUUGAGAAAAAUAUUGCUUUGUUAAGGCAGAACGAUCCAAAGGCCUUUGCAGAACGCCUACUAGAAGCUGAUCGUAUGCGAGCCAAGGAAAGAGCCUCUCUCCGUCACAGAACAGGAGGCAAGUUCGCUCGAAUGCAAAAGUUGCGCGCCAAAUACGAUGAUGAGGCAAGGGAAGCUGUGGCCGCUAUGCAUGAUCAGGGUCGAGAUUUGAAAAGAAAGAUUCGUGGUGAAUAUGAUAGUGACGAGGAAUCGGUUCUCUCAGAGUUGGAUAUUAGUUCAUCGGAGAGCGAGUCGGAAAGCGAUUCUGAGAAAUCUAAUUUUGAUGUCGACUCUGAUGGUGAAGGAGGAGAAGAAGAGAUGCCUUCACAUUUGGCCAGCUGGUGGGCGAAGGUUGAAAAUCAGCCUCAAAAAUCCGAAGCAAUGGAUGAUGAUACUGAUGGCACUGAACGACCGCCCACUACCCCUCAGACUUCAACUCUUCUCUCCACCCUAGCUACUGAGGAGCUUAUUCGUAAAUCUGCCACAGAAACUACUGCCACUGCCAGUAAAAUGGAUCUCGAUCCUACUGAUGACAACUUCUUCGCUGCUCUUGAAGAAGCUGUUGCAGAUCAACCGGAUAGUGGCGCCGCAGAAUUCGCAGCAGAAAAGAAGGCCGUAGAAGAAGAGGAAGCCCCCGCAGACCUGGAUACUUUCCUUCCCGGCUGGAAUCGGUGGACUGGCCCGGGUAUGGAAGCAAUCGAUGAAGCGAUCCGCAAAAAGAAACUCAUAAAAGCACCCAAGAGGAAGAGGUUGGAUAAGGGCAGAGCGAAAGUUAUUAUUCGCGAGAGGGUGAAUGAGGACCUGAAGAAACAUCUUGUAAAGAAGAUACCUUUCCCUUACUCAACUCCUGAACAAUACGAAGCUGUAAUGUCGCAACCAGUUUGUCGUGAGUGGACCACCGAGGCAGCUCAUAAGGAACUCACCAAACCCAAGGUCAUUGUCAAGGCCGGUCGGGUUAUCAAGCCCAUUGAUAAAGACGUUGCUCUGUUGCGGGAGAAGGAUGUGCGUCGGUUGGAAACUGGAAAGAAGAAUGUUUAG